AUGGGUUUGAGAAACUCCUAUGUUAUGUGCUUAGCACUUAUAUUGUCUUUCUCUUCAAUAAAUUGCAUUGACAUAACACAAAUUUUGGGACAAAACCCAGAAUUCUCAACAUUCAGCAAAUAUCUAACCGAAACCAAGUUGGCUGACCAAAUCAACGCUGCUAAAGCCGUUACAAUUCUCGCCCUCGAUAACAAAGAUAUCGCUUCUCUCUCUGGUAAAUCACUUGACGCGGUUAAAACCGUUAUUGGGACCCACAUUAUAACUGAUUUUUACGAUGAAAAGAAACUCUUUGAAGCCAUUGGAAGCAAGGUUGCGUUGGCUACACUUUCACCGGCUUCCGGCUUAGCCUCGAAGAUCUACGUGGCGCUUAUUAAUGAAGGUGAGGUAGCUUUUAGUUCCGCUGUUGCCGGUUCGACUUUUGAUACUAAGCUUGUUAGACCUGUGAAGAUCGAAGCGGGAGUCGUUUCGGUUCUUCAGGUUAAUCAACCUAUUGUGAAGGUUGAUGGUUCAGUUUCCGGUGCUGCCGGAACAGAUACUUCACCCACCACAAAUACCGCAUCUGUGGUGGGUGAGGCACCUGGUGUAGCUCAUGCAACUGCACCUGCUCCGAGUGCUUCUUCUCGUACCACGUUUGGAUUCAUUGGUGCUGUUAUGGCCUUUGCUUCCAUUUUUGUCUCUUUGUAA